GUACCGAGAUGGCUUACAAAUUUAAACAUCAUUAUUCACAUAACAUGUUUCUUGGUUACACAUCAAUGAAAAAUUGUCGUUGAAAUCCAAGUCAAUUCUCCGUCUGAUGGUUGUUUAAAGAUGUCUGGCCAAAAAUAUGUUGUAGUCGGCGCAGGUCCUGUUGGAUCGUUGGCUGCGCUGUAUGCGGCCAAGCGGGGACACGAUGUGGAAAUAUACGAGCUUCGAGGUGAUCUACGGGAUCCUUCAACAACGCCACUCAACUUCACCAAGUCCAUCAAUCUUGCACUUUCCGAAAGAGGCAUCAAUGCUAUGAAGCAUGCUGACCAACAGGACCUACUCGACCAUGUUGUCUCAGCCACCAUUCCCAUGCGGGGAAGGAUGAUUCAUGGCAAACGCCCAUCUGGAGAACUAUAUGAAGAGCCUCAAGAUUAUGAUAUUCAUGGAAGGACCAUAUUCGCCGUUGAUAGGGCCGGUCUCAACACACGACUGUUGGAUAUUCUCGGCGCAAUGCCCAAUGUCAAAUUCUUCUUCAAUUACAAGCUCACCGGAGCAGAUUUCAAACGGCGUAAGGCCUGGUUUGAGGUCUACGACCCAAACUCACCUUCUGGUCGACCGGAAGAGAUCGAAAUCUCAUUCGAUUUCAUGAUGGGCGCCGAUGGGGCUCAUUCGGCCGUUAGGUAUCAUUUGAUGAAAUAUACGAGAAUGAAUUACCAGCAAGAGUACGUCGACACUCUGUGGUGCGAGUUCCAGAUUGAGCCGAAAGAGGGAAACGAGUUACACGAUCAAAAAAGCAAAUUCAGAAUAUCUCCCAACCACCUUCAUAUAUGGCCGGGCAAGCAGUUCAUGUUCAUCGCCAUACCCAGCGAAGACGGUUCCUUUACCUGCACCCUCUUCUUGUCAGGGGCUGAGUUUGCCAACCUAGAAGCAGACUCAUCGAAGUUGCCCACCUUUUUCGACCAACACUUCCCCGGUGUCACUUCGUUGAUUGAGCCGAGUGAACUCAUUUCCUCAUUUGAGGCAAAUCCACACCUUCCCCUGAUCAGUAUCAAGUGUCAACCUUACCACUACUCUAGCUCUGCUGUCAUUUUAGGGGAUGCGGCACAUGCUAUGGUGCCAUUCUUUGGCCAGGGCAUGAACGCUGGUCUUGAGGAUGUCCGUAUACUUUUCUCCAUCUUGGACAAGCAUGCAGCCGCCGAAAAUAACAACCCAGAUGAUUCCGGGUCCGAUGAUGUAGAGUACCAAAGAGGAAUGGCUCUUGCAGAAUACUCGGCCCUCCGUGUUGCCGAUGCGCACGCCAUCAACGAUCUCGCUUUACAAAACUAUGUUGAGAUGCGCGCCUCCGUCCUAAGUCCUACCUACCGCCUUCGCAAGUUCUUGGAAGAGUUUAUGUCUGUCCAUCUACCUGGCCUUGGCUGGCAGACCAAGUACUCCCGAGUCAGCUUCGGAAACGAAAGAUAUUCUGAAGUGGUAGCAAAAAGCGACCAUCAAGGCAAGGUUCUUCUUCGUGGAUUUAUUGCCAUGUUGUGUGGCCCUAUUGUCGCGGGAACUCUAGGUCUAUAUCUUACCCAACGCCGCGGUUUCGGUGGCGUGCCUUUCCUGGACGCCAUUGGAAGCCUGGUCCGACGAUGAUUUAACGAACUUAGGGCCUACAUCGCCUAAAACAACAUACAAGACUCAAGUGUAGGUCUACCUUUCAGAGGGUUAAAAAGCCUAGAUUAAUCAAACCUCGCGCCACCCAAUGGCUUAUUCGCCCACAUAUUACCUAGAUUCCGGCCGCAUCCGUUGAUUUUUGAGCCUAGUAAAAUAGUACUAUAAAUUAUAAUCGCAAGUAUA